UCUACAAGUUGGCCUGGAAUCCUUCGAUUUCUUGGAAUUUCCCUCUCGGAAAAAUUCCCACGGAAAUUCCAUAGGAUUGGCGACACUGACGGGCACAUUUGAAAGACGCGAAAGUCAUUGCCGCUGGUGUCGCGUGUCUGUGUAUCACGUUCGAUCGAAGAUCUAUUUUCCGGCGCGCGCGCAAGGAGAGAGAUAACGCGAAUAGUGCAUUUUGUGUCCGCAUCGAAGAACGUCCGCGAAAAUUAUCCAUGACAUCUCGUUGAUACCCACAUAUACUUGUGUUCGCCCAUCGAACAGCGGCGCGCGAUCGUGUAAUGCGGCGAAUAUCAUCGGCACCGGAACGCUACUCGCUAGCUUCGCUCGACGCAACCUCCCUACUGAGACGUUCUCAUCCUGCCAGCUUGUCAUAAGAGGAUCUGAGCGACAUCGUGCCUCUAUAUCCACCACGCUCGCUUUAUCUGAAACCACUUGCCAAAGUUAACGUGUCAGUCAAUCUACCCCAACUGAAGACACCAGGUAAAACAUCAUCUUCAGUCUCUGUCGCCUCCUUCUCGCAAGUUCGACUUAUAACCUUUCUGUUCUGCUCUUUGGCUCUCUGUUAUUCUUUCCGCUUCUACUCAACUUGCGUCCCAAAAUUCAUCGCCGAUUUCAGUGCUGAAUCUACUGUUCGCCUUGCGUACGAUGGAUCUUCAGCACUGGCGAUGAAUAUUGGGACGUAGCCUCAAUGCGGCAGGGGCAACUCGUUUAUUUCAGAGUGAAGGUUCUGACAGACUUGAAAAUAUCAAUAGAAUUAUUUUACUAUUCUUUGUCCUUUUAACUUCUAAUCAUUGCGAUUGUGAUGAUCAGACAUUGGCCUGUGUUACGAAUUCUCUUUCAUCGAUAAGAAUACUUUAAUGUGGCUUUUCGAUAAAGUUCUUAUGCCACUUUUAGGUGCACUUUUAUCGAUAAAAGAGAGUUCAGAAUAUAAGCUUGUGUGUUUAAACAUCACACCUGUGUUGGUGGGUUCCUGGGACUCAUAUAAGAAUGUUUUUUUUUUUUCUAAUGAAUUUUCCCUAAGAUUUUAAAGUAGUUUUAAAGGAAAAUACCACUUACAAAAGUUCCCAAAUAUAUAAUUUGGUUCUUAAAGGAUUUCAGCCCUCGAGAAAAGGUUUUGUAAUGUUUUGGAGAUUCGAAGGGAGAUUGGUACUUUAUGUAACUUUGAUAUUACUUGUUUGAUCGAUUGAAUAUCAACAGACACAUUAUUUAAUAUUUCUCCUUUAGAAAUGUACUUUGCAUGCAUUCUCGAUAGAAAACUUAUCACUAAGUCAAUCAAUAGUAAGGGAAGUAUAUUUCUUCUGUUUUAUUACAUUGACUGUGCGUUCGGCAGAAAAAUCAGCUGGUGAACGCUUCCCGCUACGCUGCUGGCAGCUUUGCAAUUGUUACAAGACUUCCCGCUGUGGACGACACUUAGUAAUUUAUGCAGCCCCAACAUAUUUACUGAACGGUACAGCGUAUGAAAAGUAUGCUGGAAGAGAUGGCGAUCGGUCAGCAAACACGUUGGCGAAGCGUAAACCGCCGGUGUGUCGUUCAGCAGAAAGUCCUACAACAGUUGCUGCCGGCGGCACAGCGCGAAGCGCUUAUCAAGCUGCUUUUUUCUGCCGAACGCAUUGAUCGUAAUUUUUUCAUGCUGUAUCGUAUCCAGGUAUGUGUGCGGAUGCUCACUUCUAACUUGUCCGAUAUCCCUCAAGGCUGCGUUUAAACUUCGAUCGGCCCUUAUUGUCACUUACCGACCCUUCUCUAAUUCUCUUUGGUAUCCAUUGAACAGAUCAAAGUAUCUUGCCUGUGUUAAUUUGAAAUUCUCUUCGAUACAACGGGUUCGUUGCAUCGUCGCAGUCGCAUUCUCGCGCUCUCGUGCAUUCGACAAUCUCAAUCAAGAGGGAAAUUGCAUAUCGUUCAACCGAUGGAAGAAAGAAAUCUCAAGUGGUCCCGUGCGAAACCACGAGCACUUGUAACGAUCGCCUCGUAAAGCUAACUUCUUACAGAAACUUAACUGCGCUAUAAACAGGAAAAACGAUAUCAACAUGGGAAGUAAUGGAGAAGAUACGUGCGCUUAUACUGCCGGACGAGUUUGCGUCCCUGAAGGUGGCCAAGAGCACCCUGGAGUUUAUCCGACUGGAAGGCGACCUGCGGGAUCGAUGCAGGUUGCCGAGGGUGCUGGCCAGGCUGGACUUGCAACGCUUGAAACUGGCCGGCUUUGCAAGCGUUCUCAAGGUUCGUGCGGCCGAAGCGAAGGACGACUUUCCGACCAGACACAAUUGGGACUCCUACUUCAGGGACGCAAAACACAUGAACGAGCUGAAGGCUGGCGAAAGGCCGGACACUAUUCAUAUCUCUGGUCUGCCGGUUAAAUGGUUCACCGAAGAGGGCACGGAAACUCCGAGCGAGCCGUUGAUCACGAAAAUCUUCUCUAAAUGGGGCACGUUGAGAAGAGUCGACGUGCCCGCCGCAGAUCCUUACAGAUCUAGAAUGCGCCUUGGCAAUAACAUCCACAAGUUCAGUUACGAGGAAGGGAUAUAUUUUGACGCGUACGUGCAGUACGUGGAAUACAUGGACUUCGUCAGGGCGAUGGACGCCAUGCGCGGCAUGAAGCUGAUGAAAAAGGACGGGCAAAACUCGCUAACCGCAACGAUAAAGGUCGAUUUUGAUAAGACCAAACACAUGAAUGAUAAUUCGGUGUCGCAUCGAAGUUUCGAGAGGAAACGUCUGAUAGCGCAGGACAAUUUGGCGGCGGAGAAGCUGCGAAAGAAAGAAGAAGAAGAAAAGAAACGGCGAGAGGAACAAAGAAAAAAAGAGGAGGCAGAUUCGGCGGCGAAGGUGGACCGACUACAGAAUCGAGAGGAGAAACGAAAGCGGAAGGCUCUUAAGAUGUUUCGCAAGCAAGAGGAAGACAAAGUGUCCAUGAAAAUUGCCAGAGAAGAACAGAAAUUAACAAAAGCUCAACGGCAGUUGGAAAGCAUCCGUUUGCUAGAUGAAUUGUUUGAUAGGAUAAAGAACAAAGUGGAGAAGAAGGAGAUUAAAUUAGGCCAAAAUAUGAACGCAGAAACGAAAAGGGAUGAGAAGAAAAGCGACCAAGGGAGCGAAAACGCAAGUAAAGAUUCGGAAAAUGACAAGAAAAACAAGAAGGAAGAUGCCAAGAAGAAGAAAGUGAAGAAAGAGAAAAAGAAAAAAAAGAAACGGAAGAAAGUGCAGAAAAAGCGAAGAAAGGAUGACGAUUCUGGGUCAGGUAGCACGUCGGAAGACUCAGACGAGGAAGCGAACAAGAAAAAGCUCAAGAGCGUCUUAACUCAGAAUAACACGUCUUUGCCGACAGACGCAACUCUUCCUUACGCCGACGCCUACGAUCCCAUGCAGAUGCUGAGGAUACCGAUGCAGAGAUAUCCGCCAAUGUCGCCAGGAAUGCAAGUGAUGAGAAUACCAAUGUCGAGGUAUCCGGGAGCACAGAUGCUGAGAGGGCCAAUGGCGAAUCAUUAUCGUAAGCGCAGAGGUCGAAGAUACUUUCCACGAUGUGACAUGGGCUCAUACACGUUAACGAAUCCUUACUUGUACAACGAGGAUUAUUACGAGUACUUUACGCACAUAGUUAAUCAAGACUCGAAGCAGCGGGGAUCGAAGUCGCGCCGAAAGUCUAUGAGUAGGUCGGCCUCGAGAACUAAGUCGAGCAGCAAGACGAGAACCAGAAGUUCUUCCAGAUCUCGCAGCAGGAGACGCAGCGGUUCUCGUUCCAGGAGAAAAUCGCGCUCCAGCAGUCGCUCCAGGUCGCGCAGUCGGCGAAAAUCGAAAAGCAGGUCUAAUUCGAGGAGAAGGACGUCGAGGUCGAGAUCGAAGACGAAGCGCAGAAGCGCUUCCAGGUCGCGCAGCAGAAGACGCAGCGGCUCGCGUGGCAGGCGUCGCAGCACCAGGUCCGAGUCACGGUCCAGAACGCGCAGGUCGAGAUCCAAACGGAAAUCGCGAUCCAGAAGUCGUUCCAGAUCCCGCGGCAGCUCCAGAAAUCGUUACAAGAAGAGACACGGCGGCAGAUCACCCUCCAUCAUAAUCACACGAGCAAAAUCGCCUAAACGGAAGUCGAGUAGCAGUUCUUGGUCUUUGCCGAGAUCCCCAGAUCGGAGAAGCAGUUCUUGGUCGACAUUCGAGGCUAACCUCAGCGAGAACACGACCAAGAUAUCGGACGCCGUAAUUCGAGAAGAACCGGCGAAGACGGCAGAAGCGCAGGAGGAAGUAGUCACGAAUCAACAGGACUUGAAAACAUGAUCUUUUAUUGUAUCAUCAGAAUGUAACGAAAAGAGAUCUUGCAAAUAAUUGUAGUUUCUUGUGCAUUUAUGAACAAUGUGUGGAAGAUUAAUUAUAUAGCGCUUCAUAAAUUUACUUUAUGUUGAGAUUUAUGUCAGGGGACUAAAAUUACACUUGUGAUUUCAUUGCGAAAGUAUAUCUCCCCUUGGUAAAAAUAAUCCAAGAUUCUCUACGGUGGAAAGCCGGAGCGGCAGGAUCGUUUUGUCAGAUCGUUAUAUCGCACACCCAGACGCAAGUCGUAAAUCAAGCCACUGAUUCGUGAAAGAAAUGCGCGUCUUGCAUCUGGCCGAGACAUUAUCGUGUGUCUUGAUUUACGCCGGUGUUCCUAGAUAAGAAAAAAAUCCCAUUAUUAUUAAUACUGCGAUCCCAUUUUCUUUUGCCCUUCGUUCGACGUAUAAACUUUUUGCGGUCUUCAGUAACCUAAAGAUUGAAAAAAAGUUGUCCAUAUAAGUAUCCAUGCGUAAAUUCUUGUGGUAUACCAGCCAAUUGUACUUUGGCGAGACUGCGAUAAAAUAAAUCCAAGAGCAAGCAAAAUACGUAUGAACGUUUAACUCAACAUUCUCAAGAAGCACGAAAGUUAA